CUGCCACGCUGUCUCGCUGCGGCGCCCAGGACGGGGGACACGGACGACCUCCAAAAAGUGACGACCCUGCGCAUCAACAACGCGACCACCUUCCACGGAAGCCGGCCGCCCGCCCCUCGCCUCACCAAUGACGGCUGUCGCUCCUCCUGUGCAAUUUCAGAACAUCAACCGGCAGGCAUGGAGCGCUGAAGGAGGCGCGAACGGCGCCAUGUACAUGCCGCGGAAAAGCGCUCAGCGAACAAACUCAUCCUCCUCCCUGUCGUCGCAGGCCUCGUCCACAUCCACUAUUUCAGCAGCCUCUGCGCAAUCACAGCCCAACGGCGGCGCCCUCCCCAACGGCACCGACGCCAGCGCGUGGGCAGCCCGCAAAACAAAAGGGCCCAAAGGCCUCUACCCAGCAACCAAGACCGAGCCUGUCGCAGGCCUCUCAAUCGCACGACCACAGCAAAUCGCUACUGCAGGCCCUGGCGCAUCGGCAGCCUCUGCCAUGAGCGCCUUGCAGGCACCAUCCGCCAUGGUUCCCUCACAGCAGAAUGGCGUCCUGCAAUCGCAGCAGAACGGCGUGCAACGACCAACGGGUGAGAGCACUGCUAUACUGCACCUGAUUCCUAUGAACGGCACAUUUGAACGCAAGACCAUCACUGUGCCCUUCUUCCCAGACGUACUCCGCAUCGGUCGCCAAACCAACAACAAGACAAUACCCACCCCGCUUAACGGGUACUUCGAUUCGAAAGUCUUAUCUCGACAGCAUGCAGAAGUUUGGGCAGACCGCAACGGCAAGAUCUGGAUUCGCGAUGUCAAGUCAUCCAACGGCACUUUCGUCAACGGGCAACGGCUGUCGCAAGAGAACAGAGACUCGGACCCUCAUGAGCUGCGGGAACAGGACAUGCUGGAACUUGGUAUCGACAUCGUUAGUGAGGACCAGAAAACCAUCGUCCACCACAAAGUCGCCGCUCGUGUCGAGCACGCUGGAAUGUAUGCUAGGUCACCCAACGAGGCACUCGAUCUAAAUUUCGGCGAGCUGGACGGCAAUCAGAUGCAGAACAUGAUGGGAGCCAACGGUCAACAGCAACUGGCGAACAUGCGCGGCCGAACUCCCAGCCAAGGUUCGAUGAACGGACAACGCAUGCAAAUGGCCGGCGGUGUACAAGCAUAUCAGAAUGCUAUGCAGCAGCCACGCCACCCCAACUUCUGGCUGCAACCGAUCACUAUGGAGCAGGUGGUCAAGAAGCUUAAUGCUGAGAUGAAAGCGGCCAAGCAACAAUCGCAGGAGCUGCAACAAGCUCACCAGUACAUCAAUGCUAUACUAUCCGCAGAACCUAAGAAGGAGCCGGCGAAACAGUCGCCCGCAAACUCCGUCAAGAUAUCACCAAUUAAGGACAUCAACCUCAAGGCCAGGUUCUCCGACCCUCCUGCCCCUCCACCACAACAGCCUCUCCCCGAGAAACCAAAUGCUGCAUUGUCGCUUAAGAGGUCAGACACCGAGCAUCCCAAGAUAGCGUCGCCUGUACGGUCAGACGCACAGAUGUCAACCCUCACAGAAGCUUUGAAUAGCGCCAAGAAGGAGAUUGAGUCUCAGAGUAUUCGACUCCGGGAUCUGGAGUCACUGUUGAGCGAAGAGCGCCGUGCGAGAGAAGACGCUGAAGAACGAGCGAAUCGACUAGAGCGAGAGUCAAUCAGGGAACCUGAGCAGCAUGGAGAGGCCGAUGAGGAGGCGAAGGAAGCAGAUGAGUCUGUAGUUGAAGAGGUGGGCAACGCUGGCCUGGAGAAUGGCUCCGCAUCGCCUGCCGCCGAUACCACAGCGCGCUUGCAACACCGCCUGGAGACCAUGAUGUUGGAGAUGAACGAGAUGAAGCAACAGAUGGAGCGAUACCGCGAACGUGCUGAAGCUGCAGAGUCUGACCGCAAGAGCUUGGCCGAGAUGAUCGAGAACAUCAGGAAAGACAAUGCAAAGUCGAUUGGUGGUGGCGGCAGGAGACGAAGCCGAAGCGGCGGUGAUGGAGCAAGAGAGCUCACAGGAGCCGGUGUCGACGGCUCUGAGGACGGCAACGAUGCAGAGGAGGGCGAAAUCACCAUCAUCAAGGACCACGACGUCGAUGAGGACAGUGCAGGCACGCUACACCGAAGAGCCAGCCAACAAAACGGGCAUGCUGUAGAUGGCGAGGCAAAGGAGUUCUCGAAGCCAUCCAACGCCCUCUCGGUUCAGCGUCACAGCAGCGCUGACUUGAUGUACCAUGGUGGUCCAGUCGGUGCUAUUGUGACAGUAGUCGCAAUUGGUGUAGCUGUUAUGGCUAUGCUCAACCAGUAUCCAAAGGCCGAGCGCUGAGUGAGCGCACAUCAACUCGCCUAGGCCGAUACUACCGCAACAAAGAAUUCGCCAUAGAAACGGCGGAGCACAGUGGCCGACUUUGAUG